CACCAAUGAUUUUAUAUAUAGACGCAUCUGGUGUAGCCGCACAGGUCGCCUUUCCUCUUUUCCUCUCCUUUUCUUGAGUGCUUAAUAUUGCCUCUAUAAACCCUCAUUUACUAAACACAAAAGCACCAAUAUACGUAAACCGUCCAGUGCGGAAAUAGCAAGUCUUGGCUUGAGCAUCCAGCAUCAUUCAUGGGCAAGAACAGGUGACUGUUGCACAUCUGAAGUUUCUUGGCGAAGAUGAGAAACGACUUUAAGCAGUGCUGCAUGAUGCCGUUUAUUGCAGCAGCGAUAUAAGGCCAAGCGGAUCGCCAAGUCAACUUGUGUGGAAGCGGGUUGACAUGCAGACCGCUAAGCAACAGUCAGACAGUUUGCCCGAGUAUGCGCUGGUGGACACAGCCACUGCACGCCCAAUAGAACUCAGUAUCGACCCGCCCCAGCAGCGCCAAAACACAAGUGGUAGCUGGUUCCGAGCCAUUUCGCCCACCGACAACUCGAGGUUCUUUGAUGGAUAUGAAGAGCGCGGCCAUGGUUGCAUUCACUGGGAAGUCGAUAACUGGCCAUAUCUCGCCUACUCUGCAUAUAGCCGUGUGUUUGUUGUGGCUGGGCAGGAAUUCCAGGUUGCGUUCUACCCAAAAGGCACCAAUAUUGCAGACUAUACAUCAGCUUUUCUGGUGGCUCAUCCAAACGAGGACGAUAUCGGGUGGUCAGCCUGCGUUUAUUUUGCGCUGGUCAUGUCAAAUCCGUUUAAUCCGAGCAUCAGGCGAGUGCAGACGUUUGAGCAUCGGUUUUCUGCUGCGGAAAGACGGUUUGGCAUGGAUGAAUUCGAAAAGUACAGCGACUUGGUCCGUUGCCAGGGACCAAGGCCGGUAAUUGAGCAGAGCUCAUUGAGGAUUAGUGCAUACGUGCGGACAUGCCCUAGUGUGAAUGCUCUACUGCAGGUCCUGUUCCAUAUAAGGAUAUUCCGGCAGGUUGUAUUUCUUUCGCCUAGUCAUAUUUCGGGGGAUAGCUUCUGUCUCCCCGAAUCACUUCGACACCUAUUCACAAGUCUACAGACAUGGAGUAAACCGGCUGAUUCUCGAGUAGUAUGUGACGCACUCAAAUUCAUGGAUAGUCAAACGUCAGAGAUGCUUGGGACGAGGCGUAUCCUCAACGACAUCAUCGCAUCUCUGAGAGAUACGACUGAAGAGAGUCCAGCUGCUGGGGCUAUUUCGAUAUUGUUCCAAGCAACUAAACGCUACACCCUAACCGAUAUGUCAGGCAACAGGUCGAGAGCUUGGACGAAAAACUCUGCAUCCAUCCCUGCCUCUAUCUUUGAAAAGACUGUUGCAUUUGACAGAAUACCGCCAGUUCUCCACAUUCACUUGAACCGUAUUUGCAAUAACAGCAGUGGCAAAGGUGGACAGGAGCUUGCACAUCGAUUCGAUUAUCCGCGGAUGCUUGACCUACAGUCAUAUGCCUCGGACCAUGCAGACCUGUCGCACCCGUGGAUAUACAGGCUCUACGCGGUCUGUUUCCACAAUGGCAAAGCACACCAGGACCGGUAUUUCGCCUGGCAUGGCAACUGGGUGACAUUUGCUGACGGAGAUGUGCAGCCAGAGCACGAUCGGGAUGUAUUUGAUGCGCACCUUGAUCCGAGCCCAGUGAAUGUCUACAUGCUAGUGUACAUACGUGAUGAUAUAUACGAUACGAUUCUGAGCAGUGACGAGCUCUGGUCAUUGAACUCCAACUAAUGAAAAAUAAACUCUAUUCCCC